UGGAUGGAGGUCAAAGGUUGUAAUGGGUGGAGUUCACUAUGCAAAGUACAUUGACACUGAGAUCUCUUCCACUCGCCAUCACACACAUUAGCAAGCUCUCAGCAGCUGGCUUCGAGACAGUGGGAGACCUCAGAGAUGUAGGAAUCAUAGAUUUGAGCAAGGAGACGGGCUUGUCUCAUUCGGAGGCUUUGGAGGUGUUGAGGGUUGCGAGAGAGACCAGUGCAUGUGUGGGUGGUGUGGGUGUGAGUGCUUUAGAGCUGCUGAGGAGCGAAGUGGAGGCCGCCCAUGUGGUCACUUUCUCCUCUCAGGUUGACUCAAUGCUGGGAGGAGGUGUGCCAGUUGGCAAGAUUACCGAGAUCUGUGGAGCCCCUGGUCUGGGAAAAACGCAGCUCAGCAUGCAGGUGGCAGUGGACGUGGCCAUACCGGAAGUGUUUGGAGGACUGGGAGGGGAAGCCAUCUAUAUAGACACUGAGGGCAGCUUUGUCGUGGAGAGGGUUGUGGACAUGGCUAAAGCAGCUGUAGCUCACCUGACCACCGUGGCUCAGUCCAACCACGACCAGGACAUGGAGGCUGGUCUGAGUGGGUUCACAUUGGAGGGGGUGCUCUCAGGGAUACACUACUAUCGUUGUCACGACUACAUCGAGUUGGUGGCUCUCGUCAAUCUCCUUCCAGACAUAAUUAAUCAACACCCUAAAGUAAAAAUGGUGGUGGUUGACAGUAUUGCAAGUCCAUUCCGGUACGGGUUUCAGGACAUGGGGCUCCGGAACCGAAUUUUGAGCGGUCUGUCUCAGAACCUCAUACAACUGGCUGUUACAAAACACAUUGCCGUUGUUCUCACCAACCAAAUGACAACCAAAAUUAGCGAGGGAUCGAAUAAAACGGCACAGCUGGCUCCUGCUCUAGGAGACAGCUGGGGGCACGUGGCCACGGUGAGGGUGGUGCUCUACUGGAGUGGAGGGGUGAGAUAUGCCUGGCUACUCAAGAGCCCUAACAGCAGAGAGCAAACUGUUGCCUUUCAGAUCACUGGUGAUGGAGUGAGGGACGCUCAGUCCGAGUCUGAUUCGACACCCCCCACCCAGAUACCCCCCGCAGAGCAGGACGACUAUGACUAUGACUGCCUGGAUGAGCUCAUGCUGGAGGUCCCUGACAGUGAACUACUGGCCCACUCGAAGCCUGUCAAGAGAAAACUGGAGGAAUUGUCUGAGCUCAGUGCAAAGGAAUUCACGUCAGCUGGCGGCCAGUUACCAAAGAGACCACAUCCUGAACAUUGAAUGACAGUAGAGUUCCCAUUCAUAUAAUGCCCAAAUAUCCAAUCUCAUCAUUAUUACCUUAUGUGAA